AUGAACAACGAAAGUUGUACUAUGCUUAUGGUAGCUGGUAAUAUUAUGGAAUGUCCUAAUAUAUCAAAGCAUACUAUAAUACUUAUUAUCUUAACAAAGAACAUAUAUCGCGACAAGCCUAAAAUGGGUCACGGGUCGAAUGGAAAACGAGAAUACUUGGGUUCCUUUUGGGCGUUCGUCCAGGAGCUUGACAAGUCUUCUGAGUAUCGUGACAGAAAAGUAACAAACUGAAAAAGAAUUAAAGCAUGCAUUUAUUCACUCUGUUUAAAGGAGAAAAUUGAAUUGUUCAUAUCUGCGUGAGUAGCAGUAUGUCAAAAUGACCAUUUCCCCGUUUACAUUGGAAAUGG